AGCGCUCACUUCCGGGAGAGCCGAGCGCCCUGGCCACCGCCCGCUCGCAGCUGCCAGCUCGCUGGAGCCGCUGAGCCUGUGAGCGCGCAGGCCAGGCCGCUGCUCGGCGUCUGCGCAGCUCGGUCCACCGUCCGUCACCAUGGGGGCCUCGGGGAGGCUGCUGCGCGCCGUGAUCAUGGGGGCCCCGGGCUCCGGCAAGGGCACCGUGUCGUCGCGCAUCACCAAACAUUUCGAGCUGAAGCACCUCUCCAGCGGGGACCUGCUCCGCCAGAACAUGCUGCAGGGCACAGAAAUUGGUGUGUUGGCCAAGACUUUCAUUGACCAAGGGAAGCUCAUCCCGGAUGAUGUCAUGACACGGCUGGCCCUUCACGAGCUGAAAAACCUCACCCAGUGUAGCUGGCUGUUGGACGGUUUUCCAAGGACGCUUCCACAGGCAGAAGCCCUGGAUAAAGCUUACCAGAUAGACACAGUGAUCAACCUCAACGUGCCCUUUGAGGUCAUUAAACAACGCCUCACUGCUCGCUGGAUUCAUCCUGCCAGUGGCCGAGUGUACAACAUUGAAUUCAACCCUCCCAAAACUGUGGGCAUCGAUGACCUGACAGGAGAGCCUCUGAUUCAGCGUGAGGACGACAAACCAGAGACGGUGAUCAAGAGACUAAAGGCGUAUGAAGCCCAGACAGAGCCAGUCCUGCAGUAUUACCAGAAAAAGGGGGUCCUGGAAACAUUCUCUGGAACGGAAACCAACAAGAUCUGGCCCCAUGUAUAUUCUUUCCUACAGACGAAAGUUCCAGAAACUACCCAGAAAGCCUCAGUUACUCCCUGAGGAGGGCGUUAAUUAGCAGGGGAAGCAGGGCCUCCUCGCCUGGCCUGUUUUUCGAAGCUCUUUUCCUAAGACUUCUCUGAAAAUUAUGACUUACUCCUAAUGGCUUUCUUUUGGAUGUUACUAAGGCUGUGCCAAAUGAGUCAGACACUAAGACUGAUCUGUUAAAAUAACCUCGUGUGUUUAAUCUAGUUGUCUUCUGUGGAUGUGCAAUUAGAAAACAUCAGAGAUGCUGAAACUCAAAAAAGAAAAUCAAAAAAGAGCAACUGGUAAUUGUCCGCCCCCUGUUAAGUCAGUGGCUGAUCAUUUUCAUGUUUUUCUGGAAAAGUUUAAAAAUUUACAAAUCACUUGAGGCAGAUAAAUAUCUCAUUAAAGGCUUUUGCAUAAGCCAACCCCCCCCCCAAUGUCUUCUAGCCCCAUGGGAUGUGGUGUUUGGGGGGACUGUCUAUAGAUUCCAGAAAGAAAGCAUCUGUCUUUAUUUACACAUGUUGCCAGAUGCAAACUCUGCUGCCUUUGCAGGAAAAGCAAGGGCAUAGGUUACCCUGCAGUGUCCUCCAAUUUGCUGUACAGAAGCAGCCAUGGCAGUUAAGAACAUGACUUUGAUAUGGCUUGUUUUCUUUUCCAAACUUGUAUGUACCGAGGGAUAUGUGUUGAAGUUCUCGAAGGAGCACUGGCAAGCGACAAUCUCACACGUCACUCAGGACCUACCUGUUGGUUUCUUUCUUUCAUACAAAUGGACUGUCUGCCUGGAUGAGCAGUGAUAUAGAGAGAGGGGUAAGAGAACACCCAUGGCAGUUUGCCACUUAAGUAGAUCGUAUGCUGGGACAGCCCCUUGACAGAAAGACCAAUCAACUAGCUAGCCAACACAUACAGCAACAAAAGGCAUUUGCAGCAGGGGUUCAAAGGCACCGUAACUGAGUUCCCUCAAGGACGUGUAUAUGGCUAUCAAAGUCCUUGAUUUCAAGAGCCUCAUGGCUCAGCCUCUCAAGUGCUACCAGUUGUCACCCGACUUCCCUGGGAACACUUCUGGUUCCAUCUAAGCAACCUCCUCUUCCACCUGCAGCACUGUGGCUCCAACUCAGCCUUGUGUGCUGGGCGAGCACCUUGCCACUGCCGCAUCUCCAGCCCUUAGUCUUUUUUUUUUUUUUUUUUUUUGAGACAGGAUCUCAUUAUGUAGUUCUGGCUGUCGCAGAACUAUGUAGACAAGGCUGGCUUCAAACUCACAGAGAUCCGCCUGCCUCUGCCUUCCAAGUGUUGGGAUUAAAGGUAUGGACACCUGACCCCAGCCCUUACUUUUUGAGACAGGGUCUCACUAUGUAGCACAGGCUAACUUGAAAUGAUGUAGUCCAAGCCGGCCUCAUGUUCAUGAUCCUGUUUCAACCUCCUGAGUACUUAAAUUACAGGUAUAUACCACUAAGCCAAGCCUGAGAAACCAACCAUUUUAAAACUUCAGCCACUUUAGAUUCCUUAGUGGGGCAAGGACAUGUCCUUAAUAUUGUGGCCAAAUGUAAGAAGAUAUGAGAAAUGGAAGAAAAAACAACUCUACCUUCGAGAAAGAUGUACUCUGUAUUUUACUUGGUGCUAAAUCAAAGAAUCAAGCCCUUGUACAAGCCUUUGAAACUUUGGCCUAUUUUAUUUCAGAAACUUAAGUACAAAUGCCACCAGUGGUUCUUAUACAUCUGGGAGUGGGGAAGGGAUCUUUUGAUUUCUAAAUUUCAUUGUUGAAUUUUCAAAAUGGACACACCUUUAAAUAGGAUUACAACGAACAUCUUGUCUUUUGUGUUUCUAUAUGCCUUAUCUGAAUGUUGGUUAACUGGGUUCUAACAAUGUUGUGAACUUCCUUAACUUGGGAAUGAUCAGCAGGUCCUGUUACACGUGGUGAUUUCAGCACUGUGGUGUUGCCCUUGGCUGCUCGGGCCCCCAACCCCUCUCCUGUCUGCUGCUGUGGCUUCUCACUGGCUUCUCUCUAAUAAAGUCUUCACACAAUGCAUUUUAUGACAUUAUCUCCUGCUGUAUUAAUACAGUCCCACUAGUUUCCAUGACUGGAGAUGCUGAGGUCAAGAGGUUGGAGAACAUGAAGUGACAAACUUUUUCUUCCUUUGACCAGAACAACCAAGAUUUUGUAUGUACAUCCAUUUGGGAACCGUGUGGCUUCUAUUGGAACAGGCAAAGACCAGUUUUCUGCUGGAUAGGUUAAUGUCAGACAACUGAUAAAGCUAUCAUUGCUGGGGCUGGACAAAUGGCUCAGCAGUUAGGUACAAUGGCUACUCUACCAGAGGACCUGAGUUUGAUUCCCAGCAUCCACAUGGCAGAUCAUAUAACUCCAGUUCCAGGGCAUCCAAUGCCCUCUUCUGGCCUGCAAGGGCAUCACACACACACACAUUGCACAAACAUACAUACAGGUAAACACCCAUACACAUAAAAAGAAAAAAAUCAUUACUGAAUACAUCCUGCUAAAAAUGCUGUGAUGUCCAGUGCAGGAGCUUCUACUUUUGUGCCACAUGGAACAGGCAUGGAGCUGAAUGCCCUGGGCAAGAGCACUGUGUCUUCUCGUUCUUAGAAUCUCUUCAUUAAUAACUAGAGCUGGCACCUAAAGAUUUUCAAUCUGUAAGUUAGGAUUAAUUUUUUUUAAGAUGAGUUUCUUUUAUUAAAGAUUUCUGUCUCCUCCCUGUCACCGUUUCCCAUUUCCCUCCCCCUCCCCCAAUCAACUCCCCCUCUCAUCAGCCCGAAGAGCAGUCAGGAUUCUCUGGCCUGUGGGGAGUCCAAGGACCUCCCACCUCCUUCCAGGUAUAGUAGGGUGAACAUCCAAACAGCAUAGGCUAGUACGUGCAAUAGGAUCAAGACCCAGUGCCAUUGUUCUUGACUUCUCAGCAGUCCUCAUUAUCCACUAUGUUCAGUGAGUCCGUUUUUUUUUUCCUUUUCCUUUUUUUUUAAUUUAUUUAUUUAUUAAAGAUUUCUGUCUCUUCCCCAUCACCGCCUCCCCUUUCCCUCCUGCUCCCCCAAUCAAGUCCCCCUCCCUCGUCAGCCUAAAGAGCAAUCAGGGNNNNCUCCCUCGUCAGCCCAAAGAGCAAUCAGGGUUCCCUGCCCUGUGGGAAGUCCAAGGACCACCCACCUCCAUCCAGGUCUAGUAAGGUGAGCAUCCACGAAACUGCCUAGGCUCCCACGAAACCAAUAGGUACAGUAGGAUCAAAAACCCAUUGCCAUUGUUCUUGCGGUCUCAGUAGUCCUCAUUGUCCGUUAUGUUCAGCGAGACCUGUUUUAACCCAGGCUUUUUUUAACAGAAUAGUCUAACUGGGCUCAAAAGCACUGGUAAAAAGCCAGUAAGGUUUCUGAAUCUGUGGCAUUCUCCUGCAAUAUUUUCUUAAAGAUUUCAUUUAGUGUGUAUGUGCAUAUGUGUGCGGGUACCUGCAGAGGCUACAAGAGGAUGUCAGAUCUUCCUGAACUGGAGUCACAGGAGCUUGUGGAGCGCCAGACAUGGGUGUUGGAAGUCAAACUGGCCCUUUGCAAAAGCAAGUGCUCUUAACCAAAAACUCACCCCUCUAGCCCCAGUUUUUUUUUUUUUUAUUUAUUAUGUAUACAGUAUUCUCAGUAUUCUGUCUGCAUGUAUGCCUACAGUCCAGAAGAAGGCACCAGAUCUCACUACAGAUGGUUGUGAGCCACCAUGUGGUUGCUGGGAAUUGAACUCAGGACCUUUGGAAGAGCGGGCAGUGCUCUUAACCACUGAGCCAUCUCUCCAGCCCCCCUAGCCCCAGUUUUUAAAGGUCUCUAAAAACCGUAAGUUUUUCUAUGUACAGCAUCAAAUAGUGUCAUGUCAUGCCAAGUGUAGAUUGGCCCAGCAGCUUCCUAUUUCCCCAAGGGAUUCCAAGUGUCGCAAACCCAUACCAGGUGAAUCAGCUUCCUGGACAACCUAUGAAAUAGUACAAACAUCCCCACGCAUGUGGGUACUGCAGGCUGCAGGAUCUAAGGCUCUUCUGGCUAAAUGAAUGGUAUGCUGGGAAAUGGGAAUGGGAAACCCAACUCGGACAAGCACCACCAUUUCCACAUCAAUUUAAGAACUGAAAUCUGACUUGUUCUGAGAAUAGUAAGGUGGUUUUUGUUUUUCUCUGAAAUACCCCAGGAUUAACUUGAGAAUCACCUUGCCUAUACUUCUAUACUGUCAUGAAAACCACUUAGUAAUGGAGAUAUGUGUGCUCAUUGGGAAGCAUGUUAAUUCACUUAAAAAUUUUAAAAAUAAACUUAAAAUUUACAGUAA